GGGGCUGUGGGUAGGGAGCUGCUACUCCUGCCACAGCCAGCCGUGAGCCAGGAGUGGGGUGACGGCCCCUGGACGCCACUCUCCCCAAGUACUGGAAGAGGCUAAUACCAGGUCCAGAAAUGCCCUUGGUGUGUUUGACAGACUUUGAGGCCCAUGCACGGGAGCAGCUGUCUAAGUCAACCUGGGAUUUUAUUGAAGGCGGAGCUGAUGACUGCCUCACGCGGGAUGACAACAUCGCAGCAUUUAAAAAAAUCCGCCUCCGUCCCCGGUACCUGAAAGAUGUGUCAAAGGUGGACAUGCGGACCACAAUCCAAGGGGAGGAGAUCAGCACCCCCAUUUGCAUCGCACCCACGGGUUUCCACUGCCUUGCCUGGCCUGAUGGAGAAAUGAGCACAGCCAGAGCUGCGCAAGCAGCCGGUAUCUGCUACAUCACCAGCACAUAUGCCAGCUGUAGCCUUGAAGACAUUGUUGCCACUGCCCCCGGGGGCCUGCGAUGGUUCCAACUGUAUGUGCACCCAAACAGGCAACUAAACAAACAGCUGAUCCAAAAGGUAGAAUCCCUGGGUUUCAAAGCUCUGGUAAUCACUGUGGAUGCACCCAAAAUUGGCAACAGACGACACAACAUUACAAACCAAGUGAACUUGAUGAAGAACUUACUGCUAAAAGAUCUCGGAUCACCUGAGAAGGGAAAUUUAAUGCCUUAUCUCCAGAUGUCCCCCAUUGACUCAUCCAUCUGCUGGGAUGAUCUCUCCUGGUUUCAGAGCAUUACUCGAUUGCCCAUCAUCCUUAAGGGGAUCUUGACAAAAGAGGAUGCAGAGUUAGCUGUGAAGCACAAUGUCCAUGGCAUCAUUGUUUCCAACCAUGGUGGGAGGCAGCUUGAUGAGGUUCCUGCUUCUAUCGAUGCCUUGACGGAAGUGGUAGCUGCUGUGAAAGGGAAGAUCGAAGUGUACCUGGAUGGUGGCAUCCGAACCGGCAAUGAUGUGCUGAAAGCUCUGGCCCUCGGGGCUAAAUGCGUUUUUCUGGGGAGACCCAUCCUAUGGGGUCUUGCCUACAAGGGUGAACAUGGUGUUGAGGAAGUUUUGAACAUUUUAAAAAAUGAAUUCCACACUUCCAUGACCCUGACAGGCUGCCGGUCGGUUGCCGAGAUCAGUCGGGACCUGAUCCAGUUCUCCAGGUUGUAGAGAAAGAGAGUGAAGGGACUGACUGCUGAGUUCGCCCACAGGAAGAAGCCAAAAUCGUAAUAGGGUGUGUGAUGCCAUCCUGCCUAGGUCCCAUCCUGUCCUCAGGCUCACCCCCUGCACCCUCAGCCACUCCACCCCAAAUCCCUCAUAUUCCUCAAAUGUGCCGAUGCUCUUCUUUGCCUCACUGCCUUGUAUAUGCGGUUCUCUUGCCUAAAAUCCUCCUCUGAAAGAAGACAUCUUAAAAGGGCAGAUCAAUAAUGACUGAAGUAGCUAGUGGAUUAAAAUUUUUGAAUAUACUACGUUUCUAUGAAGCAGCUAUGGAAAUAUGCACUCUAGACAGAAGAGCUAUACGUAUAAAAUAUUCCCCAACAAAAAUUAUACUCCUAUCUGUAGAUAAUAGGGAAAUAAUAUAGUUAAAAACAUAGGCUUUGUAAAAAAUAAAAAAUAAAAAAAAAAAAAAAUAAAAAAAAAUAAAUAAAAAAAAAAAAACAUAGGCUUUGGAGUCAUACAGACAUAAGAUUGACAGGACUGUGACUUGGGAAAGUUUUUUGAUCUCUCUGUUCUUACAUGUCCUUGUCUAUAAAAUGGGGAUUAUACUACCUAGCUCUCUAGGAUGGGAGAAAGAUUGAGAUAAUGUAUGUAAAGUUCUGAGUUCUAGUGUGUUUAAGAAAUAGUAGCUUUGGGAUUUCCCUGGUGGCACAGUGGUUAAGAAUCCGCCUGCCAACGCAGGGGACACGGGUUCGAUCCCUGGUCCUGAAAGAUCCCACAUGCCACAGAGCAACUAAGCCCGGGUGCCACAACUACUGAGCCUGCGCUCUAGAGCCCGCGAGCCACAACUACUGAGCCCACGUGCCGCAACUACUGAAGCCCGCAAGCCUAGAGCCCAUGCUCCGCAGCAAGGGAAGCCACCACAAUGAGAAGCCUGCGCACGGCAAGGAAGAGUAGCCCAAAGAAGAGUAGCCCCCGCUCGCCGCAACUAGAGAAAGCCCACAUGCAGCAACAAAGACCCAGCGCAGCCAAUAAAUAAAUAAAUAAAUGUUCCUUUGGAAAAAAAAAAAGAAAUAGUAGUUUUUAUUAUUAUUAGUUGGCAAAUUCCUAUUCAUCUUUCAAGACCUUGUUCAAAUGUCACCUAUUCUUACCUGGCUACUUGUUAAGUGUUUCCUAUUGUGUUUUGCACAUUAUACUAUUACAAUCCUUAUUAUAA